AUGUCGGACUCCGAGUCGCUGUCGGACGAGGCCUCCGGGCUGUCGUCGUCGUCGUCGCCGUGUGAAGAGGACGAGAUGAGCUCGUCAAGCUCGUCGAGCUCAUCUGGAUCUAUGACAGGCGAGCGGAUUGGACUGGUGGACAAGACAGGAACACCCGUGGGACCGCCCGAGGGCUCGCCGGAGAAGGCCAUGGCGUACCUCUACUACACCGAGAGCUCGCAGUGGCACUCGCAGGAGAUGGAGGUCAUUGUCUCGUCGCGGCCGUUCCAGAAGGGCGGCAUGCGGCAGGCGUUCAAGAUCGUCAACGUCAAGAACGGCGACGUGUUUGUGGGAAAGCGGUACUACUCGCACGAGCGGGCAUCGGACGAGAUGUACUACCAGGACGUGAGUCUGCAGUCGUACUGCCAGCUGUGGGCAACGUCGUACAACGCAGAGCCCAACAUUCCCAAGAAGGUCACUUUUGUCCGUACAUGGGUCCUUCGUCUUGUCGAGCGCGAUUGCAUGCCGCUCUUCUCGUGCGAGCCGAUGCUCUGCGGUCCGUUCCGCAAACAGAACUCGAACACCGGGUGGCUCGACGAGUCGCGCAACACGCCGCAAGCCUUCUCGCACUACACCUACGAGCGCUCGGGUCGCAAGCUGGUCAUCGUCGACAUCCAGGGCGUCGAGGACUACUACACCGAUCCGCAGAUCCACACCGUCGACGGCAACGACUUUGGGAAGGGCAACUUUGGCACCGAGGGCAUCGACAACUUUGUCGAGACUCACAAGUGCAACGCCAUUUGCCGCGGUCUCGGCCUCCCGGUCUUUGGCGCCCGUGACAUCAACGUCGGCACCCAGAUGGCGUGGUCGGCCCGGCCAGAAAUCCUGCCAGUCGCCCUCUCGUCUUCGAUCUCCCAGGCCGGCCUGGCUCUCCUCGAGGCGACCACCAACGACGAGAGUGGCGCCGGGCCAUCCGAGUCGCCGCAGGCUGUCGGCCGCCCCAGCUCCGCCAUUCGCGAGCGCUCACGCUCCCGCGAGCGGGACCCCGAUCCGCACGCCCAGCCCAUGGUCUACGUCCGUGACGCCAAGCGCAAGACCGGCAAGUACCAUAUGCAGGCCGGCCAUUUUAACUCGUACCAGACGAUUCCGCUCACCACUGCUACCGAGCAGGUGUCUCAUCCUAUCGCCGGACUUGCGCUUGCGCUCGAGCGCGAGGAGUUUGACGACCCGGCCGAGUUUGAGUUUGAAGAGGAGGAGGAGGAGGACGACGACGGCGCCGACGAUGACGACGAUGACGACGAUGACGACGAUGACGACGAUGACGACGAUGACGACGAUGAUGUCGAUGAUGACGACGAUGAGGAUGACGACGAGGAUGUUGACGAGGAUGACGAUGUGGAUGAGGAUGAGGAUGACGACGACGACGACGACGACGACGACGACGACGACGACGGUGAGGAUGAGGAUGACGACGACGACGACGACGACGACGACGACGACGACGGUGAGAUUGUGAUCGACGAGUCAAAGGAGGCUGAGGCGGACGAUGCCGAUGCUGACGACGACGACGACUAUGCUGACGACGAUGCCGAUGCCGAGGAGGAGGAGGAGGUCGAGGCCGACGCCGACGCCGAUGUGGUGGCGCCGGCCAAGAUGAGCGCGGCCGAGAAGGCGUACAAGCGCGAGCGGGCCAACUCGGACGCGUCAAACGAGUCGAUUGGAUUCAUUGUGGAUGUGCCGACGUACGCGGACGGAGACUGGAAGGCGAUGCAGCGCGACGCGCGGGCGUACGCGUCGCAAGCCGACCAGCUGAUGACGCGGUCCAAGUUUGGGCAAGCGGCCGAGGCGUUCUCGCGCGCCUCGAUUGUGCGCGGCUACUACAUUAACGCCAAGCGGGCGGCGAUUCGCGGCGAGAUGGCUGCGCGGGCGCAGGCCAUGUCGGAGACCAAGAAGAGCUGGAAGCAGCGCCGCGAGGAGCUGCAGCUGGGACUCGCUGCCAAGCGUGAGGAGCGCCGCGCCGCCCGCGAGGCCGACGAGCGCGAGCAGAACCUGCGGAUGCGCGAGGAGCGCGAGCAGCGCCGCAUCGAGCGCGAAGCUGCCGCUGAGCGCCGCGCUGCCCGUCAAGCCGAGGAAAUGCGCAUCGUCGCCACUGAAAAGGCUGCCAUCCAGCGCGACGCCCGCGUCCGCGCAGAUUCGAUUCGCCGUGAGCACGCGCUGGCCAAGGCCGGCGUCGUCGCUGCAGAUCCCGUGCCCGUUGACCUUGACGAUGACGCCGACGAGCCCGUUGACGACGUUGACGAUGAGGAUGCGGAUGAGGAUGCGGAUGAGGAUGCGGACGAGGAUGCGGAUGAGGAUCAGGAUGCAGACGAGGAUGAGGAUGUGGAUGUGGACGACGCCGACGACGACGACGACGACGAUGACGACGAUGAUGAUGAAGACAACGAUGACGACGACGACGAUGAUGAGGACGAUGACGACGACGACGACGCCGACGACGACGACGACGAUGACGACGACGACGAUGACGACGACGACGAUGACGACGACGAGUAA